AUGGCUCGUUUCCUCGAGCCCGUCACAGAACGCCUUGAGUCCGACUCUGGUCUAGAUAUGCUAGAAGGGUUUACCCCAACGAUCUUUGAAGACCCCUCAUUUGAUGGCAUGACGACCGCUAUUCUCCGCGCCCAUUUCAAGAAGUGGGCUACGACUGCACCGCUACAGGAACAGGGUGUCGAUACAUGCGGAGAGUCAGGCCGCCACUUAUUCUUCGUUAUGGUUGAUCAGGAGGCGCUGGAAUCUGUCUUGAAUUCGGACCCGGAUGAUAUUGGGAACACUGGGUUUGUUCGUCUGGUUGAUGGAGAAUGGGAGCCGGAUGUAGAUGAAGAUAGCAAUGAGUCAGUAGAUCUGGACGAAGAGCUUGAGUCCUUGGAGGGAUGCAUGCAGGAUGAUGUUGGUUAA